AGUUGUCGUUUUAAUUCAUUAAGACCAAUAACAAAAUAUGUCAAUUUAGCAAAGCUACAGUGGUUGACCCUCUCCCUUCAGCAAUCUCAGAUACUAAAAUCCUCCAAGUGCUCGAAAAUCCUCGCACAGACGAAAAUGCGGUAACCAUCCCCACACACAGACGCCUACCAAGUGCUCGACGAAAGUCCCCAACGAAACAAAACCAUGGAGUCGAGCAUCCUAGAGUCGAUCGGCGUUGAGAUUAUCGGCGUCAUGUCGCCGGUCUCCAUCUGCAUGCUCCUCGUAGUUCUCUUAGUCUACGCUCUCUCUCCCUCCAACCCCUUUUCCGCCGCCGCCUCCGCUCCCCCGAUCCGCACCGCCGCCAACCUCGUCUACCUCGAGAGCCCCUCUGAUUCCGCCUCCCAAAAGCUCGAAGGCGCUCUCCUCAACGCCUUGGUCUUCGUCGUCCUCAUCGCCAUCGUCACCUUCCUCCUCGUCCUUCUCUACUACUACAAUUUCACCAACUUCUUGAAGAACUACAUGCGCUUCUCAGCCUUCUUCGUCCUCGGCACCAUGGGAGGUUCGAUUUUCUUGUCCAUAAUCCAGCAUUUCUCGAUACCCAUUGACUCCAUCACUUGCUUUUUGUUGCUUUUCAAUUUCACUGUUGUGGGAGUGUUGUCUGUGUUCUCUGGUGGGAUACCCAUUUUUCUACGCCAAGCUUAUAUGGUUUGUUUGGGGAUUAUUGUGGCGGCUUGGUUUACCAAGUUGCCCGAAUGGACCACUUGGGUUUUGCUUGUGGCUCUGGCUGUGUAUGAUUUGGUGGCUGUGCUGGCACCCGGUGGGCCGCUUAAGCUGUUGGUGGAGUUGGCCUCUAGCCGGGAUGAGGAGCUCCCCGCUUUGGUUUACGAGGCUCGCCCCACUGUGCCACGAAAUACUCAGCGUCGUGGGUCCGGAUUAGAACUUUUGGUUGCUGGGGUUUCGGAUUCAGGGUCAGUUGAGCUUCAGGCAGUCACAAGGGACAAUGUGAAUCGAAAUGAGAAUGAAAGUCGUGGUAAUUCAGAGUACAGUGCGGUUGAGUUUGGAAGUUUCGGGAGUGAGGGACAUGAGAGUAAUAGAGAUGAAGGGGAGAGGUUACUAUCAGAGGAGAAUGCACGGGAUAGGCAGUCGUUAAGCAGUGAUUCUUCGGGAUAUUCAACUGUGAUUGUUCAGUCUGAUAGAGCUACGCAAUUUAGCAGUGGAGCAUCUGAGAUUAUUAAUGAGGAAAUGUCCCCUCUUGUUGAAAUGACAGGACUGGGGAAUGAGAGAGAGCAGUUGAGGAGGGAUGGUAGUGAAAUGUUCAGUAAAGGUAUUAAACUUGGUCUUGGGGAUUUUGUGUUCUACAGUGUUCUUGUGGGCAGAGCUGCAAUGUAUGACCUUAUGACUGUGUAUGCCUGUUAUCUUGCCAUUAUUUCCGGACUUGGGUGCACUCUUAUUUUGUUGUCAGUGUGCCAUCGAGCUUUGCCUGCUCUGCCUAUAUCGAUUACAUUGGGUGUUGUUUUUUACUUCCUGACUCGGUUAUUAAUGGAGCCUUUUGUUGUUGGGACAGCUACAAAUUUAGUGAUGUUCUGAUAGUCAAUUACUUUAUUGGUAAGAGAGAUGUACAUUCAAGAGCAAAGNUGAUGUUUUUGUAGGCAUGAGAUCUGUAUACAAAUUAAAAGGUAUUGUUCCCUGAAAUUUCUCUCUAUCCUUCACAUGUAAUUCCUCAUGGUCCAUCCUGAAUCAGUAACUUGGGUAAUACAAUCACUUUGAGACCAAAAAAAACUAUUGUGUUUUUUAGUCCCUUUUAUAAGUUAUGUCCAUCAGCUGACUUUCUUAUCUGGUAGAUGUGGGACUAUUAGUUAGUUUAACUGCGACCAUGUUCAGUUUGGACAUAUUGGCAUUUUCAUUUUAUUUGAUAUUUUUCACAUUCUUAUGAUGAUAGGCAAGAAAUAUAGAGAAAAACUCCAAUGGUUGUGAAAGCGAAGGAGCCAAAAAUUUGCAUUCGAAUUGUCAUUGUGGAUAAAUGUCAUCAUAAAAAUUGUUUGAAAUCACAAUGAACUCAGUGCAACUACUAACUAUCUGGAAAACCCAAUUCAUUGUAUUUGCAAGAUUUGAGAAAAAAGGUUGUGCAGAAGUUUUUAUAAGUCGGAAGCUUGUAUUAAGUACUGUGUGUGAGCCAUGCACUAUUUUGUCCCAAGAGUCAAGUUUCAGAAGCUGGCAAUACCAUUGAAGUCAAGAAAAACAAAUUUGCUGGUCAGUAUUUGUAGGACGGGAAUCUUCUCUAAAAAAGAAAUAGAAAUAAAAGGAUGAAAAUCAAAUUGAUAAUCAUAGCACAUUUAUGUAUCUGCUAUUAGCACAUUUUUUUCCUGAUUAUUGAGAUAUUGUUUUUCCCAUUCAUUUAUUUGCUAAUUUUCAAGGGAAUAAAGAUGUGUGUUGAGAUAAUCAGGCUCAACUUAGCUUCAAAAAGGGCCCUUUUAGUAAAAGGGAGUAAUGUUUGAUUAUAAAGUCAAUGCGUGAUUGAACUACCAUAUUGGCUAGUUUCUGUAUAUUAAUUACUUUUGAUCUAAUUAGAUUCCUAACCAAAAGGCUGAGAUUAUAGCAAGCGAUCUAUUGUUAAACAUUUAAUAUCUUUAUCUAUUUUCCUUUCUCACUAAGAAUUAACACAUAAAUGACACAUGCAUUAGUUUGUUUUCAAUUAAUCCUAGAAGUUGCAGAUGAAGACACAUAGAGUUGGAGUGAGAGAGAGCAAGAGAUAUUGGGAGGUAGAUCUAGCUUCUCUAUUGCAGAGAGAGCUAGCCUCUCUCUCUCUCUCUCUCUCUCUCUCUCUCCCUCUCUCUGAUUUUCAUACAUCAUUUUGUUUCAGUUUCAAUUAGGGAUAGCAGAGAAAGGCUAAUCGGAAUCGUGAACCACAAUUUUCCUUUCUGCUUCUAGAUUUUCUCUGCAAUGAAAUAGGAGUUAUGAGGGGGGUUGAGGUAGGUAGAUUUUAUUCUGAUUCCCAACGAUCAGCCAAACCAAUCCUCUUUAUCACUUGUUUGCGUUUGAGGCUAGUGAUUGGGAAUAUAAAUUAGUGGUGCAGUGUGCAUUUGAGAAAUCUUGAGAAGAGGUAAAUGCUUAUUUUUGUGCAAUUUCCUGCUAUAAAUGUUCAAUUUCUUGAUGUUUCCUGCUCUAGAUUAUGCAUAAAAACUGUGCUUUUGUCAGUUUCCUACGAAGGUUUGUGGUUUAAGUUUGGGGUGCUUGGUUAUACUCGGAUCGGAUUAGGGAAUAAAAAGAAGACAGUGUUAUGUUUGGAUAAUUUUAAAUGAGAAUCUGAGCAUAUCUGUAGCGUGUCAGUGUCACUCUUCAUAAACUAAAAGCCAAUUUAGUAAAAUUUAGAACAUUACUUGUGUCGGAACUGCGAAUUGCUAAUUGAAUAUGUUAUACACUCAGUAAUAAUUUUCUUAGGGAGAGUAAUGACCAAUCUCAAAUGUAAUGUUAAUCUUCCAAUCGCUUCAAUUUAUUAAUUUGUUUGAUUAAACUGUGAUGUCUGUGGCCCAUGUUCUCAGAAGCUGUGAUUAACCCUUCAAACAUUAGAUUGUUUCUAGUAACAAAGAAUGGAUGCAUUGUUUCAAAUUGUCCUACAAUGCAUAAACCACUUUCGUCUGUUUAGCACUGUUUAUCAUUGUCUCUUAAAGGUUGAAGCGUAUAUGGUGUCAUAUAAAUUAUUUGAAAUUGAAGGUUGAAAGAUCAGUGUUAGCAGAUACAUUCAUUCUAUGAUUGCUAUGUAUGUUUGCACUAAUAAAGUGUGUGGCCAGUAUCAGCUUCUUUUUUAUUACUUUUGAUCAAUUUGUUGGAUCUGUCAUUUCAACUUCCGCUGAUAUGGAAGUGGAGGAAACAUUUGAUUUGCUACUUCUUGGAUACACAUAGUUGUGGAGAAGCUCACUUCUGAUGAUGAUUUAAUUUUGAUAAAAGGGACCAAAACUAAUGUAUAAAUCUUAAUUCAAAAUUUAAUUUGGCUUAAUUACGACUAUGCCCCCUUAGUUAAGAUAAAUGUUGUUACCAUUCUUCCAAAGUUGGUUAUUCAGUUUCAAUAAUAGUUCUCUUCUCAGUGGUAUUGAAGCUAGACAUUGUAUAUUUCAUGAAGUUUAUGAUGUUUACCUUAUGAAUAAUUUGAUGUUUUGAGUGGGUUAUAUCACAUCUGGGGUUCUAAGGGUAACAAAACUGAUUGGGCUAGCUGGUACGAUGUGCCAUAUUGGGUAUGAUGUCCCAAGGAUGACAGAAGAUAUUUGUUUUCACCGUUUCUUCUAUGCUUCUGCCUUAAACUACCUAUGUGUUUUUCAGGGGCUGUGGGUUCUAAAAAAAGUUUCAGAAAGAUAUUUAUUUUCACAAUUUCUGUGCUUCAGCGUUACCUUGUGCGAUUAUAAAUAACUGGUUUAUUUUAAUUUUCUGUUUGGGUUUUUAUCAAGUUAUAUGGAGUUCAGACCAGACCCUGGUAAAUAGUACGUGAACACAGGGCAACUACUUGAAGGGGUUGUUAGAAGUGUUGUCAAAAUCCAGAAGUUUUCAUUUGAGUUUUGAUCCAGUGACACUCAAAAUUUCUGCCACUAAAUGCGAGGAGCAAUGCAGCAUCAAAGAAAUCUUCGAAAAAUGACUGAUUUUGGAAACGAGCUGAUCGCUGUGUAAUUUUUUUUUGGUAGUAACAUAAAGCCAUUUUGGCUUCCCCGAUUUGCAACAGGGGAUAAAAGAUUUGACAGUUUGCUGCUUAAUUGCUUUGAGUGGUAGCACUAAGUUGAAGUUAUGCUUACCAAUUUUGUAUGUAUGAUGUAAAAUGUUGAUUUAAUUAUGAAUUUGGUUUUCUGAACA